CAAGUGAGAACAGGCAGCAGCAGCAGCAGCAGCAGCGCGCUCACUACACACGCGAACCUGCUGAAGGCCGCUGGAGUCGCGCGUUGUAAAUUAUGUACAUAAGUUACUGAUAUUAUUCGGGUGCACAUGAAUGGCCAGGCGCACAACUCGGAGCCGUUUAAACGAAUAACGAGUGGUAAAGAUCCAUAAAGCAACACCGGCCAACAUCGUCUGAAUCGGUACACCAAGUGCUCACCGCCUGCUCCCAGACCGAGGCUCGACGACUCCGCCGGGGACUGACCAAGCCGACCGCACCGCAACAACGCGUACAAAAUGUGAACAGAAUAAAAGACGGACUUCUUUUUCUAAAGCUUUUUUUUGUAAAUGUAUUUUUUCAGUGGUUGUAAAUCAUAUUUUGUAGGCAGAAAGCCCAGUGUAAAGUCGUGUAAUUAGUAAAAAGCUACAGGAAUAAUAAGAAAUCCUAGCUACCGGUGCUCAAUAGCUCGUUUUUUAAAUAAAUAUAUCCCUGGACCGACGAGCUACCAUGGUACAUUCGGGGUUUACUUGAAGGUAUUCACUCAAAAACAGCAUCGUUUCCAAAAAGCUUGAGGAAAAAGUCCCAGUUUAGUGUGUGUUUCUAACAGUGGAUAUAAAGAAAAUGUAGGACAUGGUGAGGAGGAAAGAGAAGACGGAAACUGUUCUCUCACAGCUGUGGGCUCACGUUCAUGUUUCAUCUGUAAAUCAACGUAUUAAAGGAGACAAGCAGGCAGACAGGAGGAGAAGUGGGAGGGGGUCACCAGUCUGACCACGGACGGCCUCCAAUCACCUGCAGCACUGGAAGAACUGCCUGACAGUCGAGAAGGGUGAGUGGGUGACCCCAGAAAGAGAGAGAGACGGGGACUGACGGUGGAGCAAAGAUUUGGAGGAGGUGGAGGAGGAGUGGGAAAGGCCAUUCUCCAUGGCUACUGACCCAGGAGAGCCCACAGGCACCGAGGACUCCUCGGGGAAACCUGAUGGGCAGAAGGAGGAGGACACAAAGCAGGAGGGCAAGGCCGACCAACAGAGGGAGAGGACACACAGCACCCCCGCCGACUUCCCCUCCUCCAGCACUCAGGAGAGGAAAGCAACAGGAGGAGAGGGAGGAGGAGGAGGAGGAGGAGGAGGAGGAGGAGGAGGAGGAGGAGGAGGAGGAGGAGGAGGGGGGGAAGCCAGUAAGGAGGGCGAGGAGAACCCAGUCAGACAGAUUUCGUUCUCCAUGCCAUCCUUAUCAGCCGACAUUGGCCAGAAACGAUUGAGGCGGGAGAAGCGCUUCUUCAGAAAGAGUGUGGAGAUUUGUGAGGAGGACGAUGAGGUGGAGAGACCCCCCGAGGCGCCCCACAGCGCCCCCCACCUGGAGCUGCGCACCUCAGACUCCAUCUUCACCAGCAGUUCCCAGCAGCAAGGGGCUGCCUCCUCCUGUGCUGCCAUCGGCAACGACCCGUCCUGCCCCAGCUCCAGCCAGGAGCCGGGCAAGGAUGAAUCCUCCUCCACACUCGCCCAGAGGGGGAAGGAGAGAGACCGUGAGCUGGAGGAAGAGGCAGAGAUGAAGGCUGUGGCCACCUCUCCUGGAGGCAGGUUCCUCAAGUUUGACAUUGAACUGGGCAGAGGAGCCUUCAAAACAGUGUAUAAAGGCCUGGACACGGAGACCUGGGUGGAGGUGGCUUGGUGUGAACUCCAGGACCGCAAGCUGACAAAGGCGGAGCAGCAGCGCUUCAAGGAGGAGGCGGAGAUGCUGAAGGGGCUCCAGCACCCCAACAUCGUCCGCUUCUAUGAUUCCUGGGAGUCAGCGCUCCGCGGCAAGAAGUGCAUCGUACUGGUCACCGAACUCAUGACUUCAGGAACACUUAAAACAUACCUGAAGCGCUUCAAGGUGAUGAAACCCAAGGUCCUGAGGAGCUGGUGUCGGCAAAUCCUUAAGGGCCUUCACUUCCUUCACACUAGGACUCCUCCGAUAGUCCACCGGGACCUCAAGUGUGACAACAUCUUCAUAACAGGCCCCACAGGCUCGGUCAAGAUAGGAGACCUGGGACUGGCCACUCUUAUGCGAACCUCCUUUGCUAAGAGUGUCAUAGGAACUCCGGAGUUCAUGGCUCCAGAGAUGUACGAGGAGCACUACGAUGAGUCUGUGGAUGUCUACGCCUUUGGGAUGUGCAUGCUGGAGAUGGCCACUUCAGAGUACCCCUACUCUGAGUGCCAGAAUGCUGCUCAGAUCUAUCGCAAAGUAACAAGUGGUAUAAAGCCAGCCAGCUUUGAUAAAGUGAAAGACCCAGAGAUCAAAGAGAUCAUUGAAUGCUGCAUACGCCAGAAUCAGAGCCAGAGGCUCUCCGUCCGAGACCUCCUGAACCAUGCGUUCUUUGGGGAGGACACGGGGGUCCGGGUGGAGCUGGCAGAGGAGGACUCGGACACCCAGGACUGUCUGGCUCUCCGGAUAUGGGUGGAAGAUCCUAAGAAGCUAAAGGGGAAGCACAAGGACAACGAGGCCAUUGAGUUCAGCUAUGACCUGGAGAACGACAGCGCUGAGGAAGUGGCUCUAGAGAUGGUAAAGUCAGGAUUCUUCCAUGAGAGUGAUGCCAAGGUUGUGGGUAAAUCCAUCCGGGAUCGAGUUAAUCUGAUCAAAAAGUCACGAGAGCGCCGACAGCAGCAGCUCCUCCAGCAGCAGCAGGAGCUAGAAGAAAAAAGAGACGCCGCCGUCACCUCCUGCAGCUUUUCUCAUCCAUCCUGCCCGUCCUCACUGGGGCCAGGGGCAGCUGGUCAGACCGGAGGAGGGCAGGAGUCAGAGGAGCUGCCUGAAGUGGACCAGCAUGUCAGGCAGCAACACAUUUUCAGUGGGACAGCCCUUGGUUUGCCAGGUAGAGUGAGAGCAUCGGGUUCUGUCAGCUGUGAAUCUUGUACGAGUGCACAGAGCCAGGCGUACUCUCAGCAAGGGGAAUCAUACACCCACACUUUGCCCCCUGCUGCAUCCAGUGGAAGUGUUCCCCAUGUGCCGAUUGGUCAGAGUGUUGGUUUUUCCAGCAUGUCCGUAGGCCAAAGUGGAGGCGGACCCGUCGCACCCAAUAAUGCCCUCACUACAUCCAUGUCAGUCAAUGAUCCUGCUGGACUAGGGGGGGCCGUUGUGCCCCUCGCUCAGCAGACCCAACCCUCUGCCACUCCCAUGCAGCUCACUGACAUCAUUCCCCAUGCGGCACCCCAGCAAACGCAGCCUGUCAUGAUCCCUCAGCAGACUAUUGUCCAACAACAACAGAUAGCGAUGGAUCCCCAGACCUCCGCCCUUCAGCAGCACCAGUCGCUUCAGCAAAUGGAGGCCCAGGCCGCUCUGAUCGCACAACAACAAGUUAGUGCACCGCAGCCACAAACGGAUCAUCAUCCACAGAGCCUUCCAGCUAUGGCUGUUCAACGUCAACAUGAACCCCCGCAGCAGAUACAUGUACAGCAGCCGGUCAACACAGCUCCUCAGCAGCAGGUUUUACCUACACAUCAAGGUAUGGAGCAGCGAGCGAUGUCAUUACCACAGCAAGGGGAGCUACCUCAGACCUACAAACAGCAGCCAACAGGGGAUCUGCGUGAACAGACAAUGAGUCAACCCCAAAUGCAACAACAGCUUCAGCACACUCUGCUUCAUCAGCAACAAGCUUUACUGCUUGAGCAACAUCAGACGUACGUCCAACAACAGCUUGAUCAGCAACAUCAAAACGCACUGCUUCAACAGCAGCAGCAACAGCAGGCCCAACUACAACAACAUCAACUGGAGCAGCAGCAAGCACUUAUUCAGAAGCAAUUGUUGGAUCAACAACAGCAGCAAGCUCUUAUUCAACAGCACACAGAGCAGCAGCAACAGCAAGGUCUUAUACAACAACAGCAACCACAGCAAACACUUUUACAACAACAGCUAGAGCAGCAGCAACAGCAAGGUCUUAUUCAACCACAGCAACCACAACACACACUUUUACAACAACAGCUAGAGCAGCAACAACAACAGCUAGAGCAGCAACAACAACAGCAACCUCUUUUACAGCAGCCACAGAGUCAGCAGCAACCACAGCAGGCUCAACAGCAACAGGAACAGUUGCAGCAGCAAGCCUUACUCCGACAAAUUGAACAACAACAACAACAAGCACUAAUACAUCAGCAUCUGCAACAGCAGGCUAUAUUACAACAGCAACAGCUACAACAGAAGGCUCAGCUUCAGCAACGGCAACAUGAGCAGCAACAAGUGCAACUCCAACAGCAGAUAGAGCAGCAGCAGCAAGCUCUGUUGCAACAACAGUUAGAGCAACAGCGUCAGCAACAAUUCUUGCUACAACAACAACAAGCGGAGAGAUUACAUCAAAAGGCUCUGAUACAGCAUCAGAUUCAGGAGCAGCAGCAACAAGCAGCCAUCAUUCAGCAACCGGAAGUUGUCUCUAUUCCUCAAAGCAACAGUGAGCAGCAUAUUCAGAUGCAUCCAACCGAUAUGCAGCACGUGUGUGUCCCACAACCAAACGCACCCCAGUUUACGUCUCAUUCUGCUCUCACACAACAGCAAGCAGCAAUGAUCCAGCAGCAGCAGCAGCAAGCAUUUGUUGCCCAACCUCAGCAUCACGCUGCAUUAAUGGAGGCUAAUACCUCAGUUGGAGCUCCAGCCACUGAGAUAAUCCAGCACCAGGCUCAACUUGUCCCCAUGGCCCAGGUCCCCAUGGCCCUUCAGACUACUCACGUCCCUGUCCAGACGCCUGCUGGUUUCCCAGCUCAAGUCCUUACCCAGCAAGGAAAGAGUGAGGCUCAUCCCCAGAACCAGGUCCCAGUCCAAUUUAUCACCCAGUCCACAGUACAAGCCACUCAGGCUAUGAUGGACGCCCAAGUACCUGCUCCUGCAGUACUGAUCCAGGGACAGAAUCACGUCAUCCAGACCCAGCAAAUACCUUUACACACUAGUUACCCAGGACCUGCCGCCCUCAUACAGACCCAGGUGAUCCAGUCCCAACAGCCAACUGUGGACAUUCAGAUGAUGAGCCAACAGAGCCAAGCUACUAUCCAGCCUCCAGCUGUAAUGGCUCCAAUUCCCAGUCAGAUCCAGCAUGAGACUCUUGUUCAGCAAAAUGCUCAAAUGCCUGUGCUCAUGCAGCCCCAGCUCCAGCAACAGACUCAAGGCCAGCCACCUUGCCAGACACAUGCACAGGCCACGACUGCUGGCCUUUUGACCCAUCAGUAUUUCCCUCAGCCGACCCACCAAGCUGUGCCACCUUUACAACAGGAUGUAACUCAUAUUACGCAGCAGCAGCAGCAGCAGCAGCAACAAGUUCCAGUACUGCUAUAUCAACAGAUGAUUCGGUCUCCUAGCUCAGCUGGAAGUGUUGGAAGUACUACAAGUCACAGUUCCAUAGUUGACCCUGCAAACUUUGUCACCACUCCUCAUCCUGUGCAACAGAUUGGACAGGCCUAUACUGUCCAGGCCCAGCAGCAGCUCCCAGGAGACCCUUCAGUCCUUCAGUCCAUCUCCCAGCCUCCCAUGCCUCAGUCUGCUGUGCAAUACGAGACACAGCUACAUAAGCUUUCUCAAGCGCAGCAACCACUGGCUCCACCUCCUCCACAGGCUCAGUUACUGGCUCAGCCAAUUCCAACGCCCAUCCAGCAACCUUCUCCUAUAAAACAGGCUGGGAUGCCCCUUGAUGAGACCAUCUCUCUGCACAGACAGGCACCUGUAAUGUUGCAGAGCCCCAGUCCCUGCCCAUCUACAGUCAUCUCGUGGCAGGCGCCCCCCCCGUCUCCGCAGCACCAAGCCAAGCAGAUGCUGCCAGCUCACACACACACACAAACCAGCUUUCAGGCCCAAAUCCACUCCCAGACACAGACGCACCUUCAAACACAGGCUCAUUCUCACACUCAAACACGCACUGGGAUACCUAUUGCUGAACAGCCCGUUCUACCCCAUGCUGUCUUUACUGCACAACAAACGCCCCUCAACCCCUCUCAUACCUCAUAUCCCCCAACAUCACUACCAUCUCUCCCUUUCCUGCCAUCCCUCCCUCCUGCUGCUGCCCCUCUGCCAGAGCUGCCUACAUCUCCUCCAGCAGCCAAGAUAACCCUACCAGGGCAGGCCGACUUUAUACCCACCUCCCCUCUGCCUGUCACUACUCUACAAUCGCUUGACUCUAAUGCCCCCAAACUGCCCCAAGCCUCGCUGCAAGACUGUGACCUUACCCUGUUGGGCAUUGCUCAGGAUGGGCCAUACCUGUCUAUUACAGAACAUCAUUCUUCUUCAGGGUCUGUUCCAGCUAAUGGAGAGGAAACCCUUCAGCUCAUGGCCAAUGGGAAGUUAGAUAAGUUAAAGAUGCAAGGAAGAGCUUCCGGUCAGAAGUCUGAGAAAGUUUCACAUCAGUUUCAACUGAGCAUGCUCCAGGUGUCAGGCAGUGGGGACAAUAUGGUGGAAUGCCAGUUGGAAACCCAUACCAACAAGAUGGUAACAUUUAAAUUUGACACCGAAGGGGAUGCAGCAGAGGAUAUAGCAGAUUACAUGGUAGAGGAGGACUUUGUUCUUGAUGUAGAGAAAGAGACAUUUGUUGAGGAGCUUAGAGCCACAGUCAAGAAAGCUCACGAAAUUCUUCAUACACAUUCACAGACUGGAUCAACUGACCAGUUGUUUGUGAGCACUCCGACUAGUUCUUCAAUGGAGGCAGUGCCCCAUUCCUCCCCAGUGGGACGCUGGCGCUUCUUUAUCAAUCAGACUAUUCGCCACAGAGACUCUCUAUCCGGAGCAGAUACACCGCUUACAUCUGAAGAGAUGAGGACUCCUCUGUCUCCUCAAACAGAGAGAGAAAGUGAAGGAUCCCAGAGUCUGGAGUCCAUAACCGGACUGACUUCUCCCCCCUGCCCCGCCCUUUCUGCCACCUCCCCUCCUAUCUCCACUGCCUCUGCCCCUGCCUCCAUUGCCCCCUCAAGCACUGCUGCGCCGGCUCUUUACCCCACUGCCCCUGAAAGCAUCUCAGCACCAGCCUCCACUCUUAAAUCCUCUGUCCCCGCUACUGCUUCAGGUGGUUUUGAACGGCCAAUCCUAACCUCAGCUUCUGUUGACCAAAUUGCAAGUGUUCCCUCAUCCAUAGUAAUACCUGCUGCAAACCCCCCCACUGCCCCUACUGUCAUGUCUCCCACACCCAUAACCAUUCUCCAAGAUGUCCUUGCUUCUCCUGGAAGCAAUGGUUGCUCCACUGUCACAGGUCAGAGUAUGGGGGAUACAGUGCUAACUGCUACAAGGUCAUGUGUCCCUGCAGCGGACCAAUCUUCAACUGCUUUCAGCUCCCCUCCUCCUGCUGCAGCGGUGACCUCUUCUGCGGUAAGCUUGCUUGGCAUGGAGCAUCAGCAAACGCUCAUUCAGCAAUCCCCACAAAAACCACAGGCACAACUACAGCCUGCGUUACAGCAGCAGGUUCCUGUAGUUCAACAGCAACUGCAGGCAAUGCAGCUUGAACAACAGAUACAGCAGGCAGCACCACAGCAACAGCAGCAUCCAGUGUAUCCAGAGCAAAUGCAGAUGCAGCAGUCACUCCAGCAGCUACAACAUCAGCAACUAAUGCAGCAACAAAUACAGCUGACUGAUGUGCAGGUGUUGCAGCAGUCUGUGCCUCUGCAGCAGUUUCUGCCACCUAGUCCCCCACAGCAGACCCAACAAGCCCUUCCUCAACAGCAAACACCUCAGUAUACCCAACAGGUGAUGCAACAGCCUGCGCUACAACAGCAAGUAGUGGCAACCCAAGCUGCUGCAUUGCCUCAACAGCAGGCUGCCAUUGAUCAACAGCAGCAGCUACACCUACAAAAGACAAUGCACUUACAGCAACAGCACAUGGUGCAGCAGCAGCAGCAGCACAGCAAACAGCAACAGCAACAGCACAACACAGCACAGCAGCAACAACAGCAGCAGAUGUUUAUGGGUUAUGUAGCUUCAAAUCCAGAUCACAGCCAAAUGCUGCCUGUGUCAAUUAGUCAACAGUUUCUUCAACAACAGGCCCAGCUAAAUGUUAGCCCGAUACCACAACAGCAGAUUCCACAACAAACACAAAUCCCUGCUGAGUUGUCACACCAGCAUAUACAGCAGCAACACACUGAACAGCAACAAGAAGCGGUUAAAGCGACGGACACACCGCAGAAACAGCAGCCGUUUUCCCCGACGAAGCAGUCCUCUUUACAGAUGUCAGAGUCAGAGGUUUCUACAGGAGAGACAAGUUUCACAGAAGACACAUGCAGCUACUUUACGAAUGUCCCCCCUUCCUCUGAAUCCUCUCUGCCGCCUCUCAAUCUGAGCUCUGAUGCACCCGUACCCACACUCUCCCUCAGGAUGACACCAUCUCCCGCUCAGCCUUCCUCCGUGGCUGAGUCAGACAGUGAGGGCCCCCCCAAAAUUGAAUUUGUGGACAACCGCAUAAAGACCCUGGAUGAGAAGCUGAGGAACUUGUUGUAUCAGGAGUACAGCAGCGGGGCGGCGCCGGCCUCUGGACCUACAUCAGCUGCCUCCAUGUCAGCAGGAGGAGACGAGUCAUCUGAGCCACUGUCUCGCCACUACUCUUUCCCCCAACCUGCCUCCUCCUCAAAUACUUCUCCUCACUCCUCAUCCUCUUCUACCUCCUCUACAACCUCCCGUUCCUCAUCCACCUCCCCUGACCCAGAGAGGGGUUGCAGAGGAGAAAUACCUUCCUCAGAAGUUUAUUUUGCAGAGAAAGGCCCAGUGGAGCACCAGCCUGGCCCAUCUCUCCCCUCCACCUCUGCCUCCUCCACCCCGCCUGCCUCUCUCCUUCCUCCCAAUCAGGAUGAGUCUGUCGGGCGCCAGCGUCCACCCGUACCAGGAGAACCAACCAUUCUUGCUGUACGCCCACACUCUGACACCAGUACCACUGGAGACGCAUCGUGGCCCCCCAAUCAGCACCCGAUCCCCCUCCGGCAUGGACAGCAGAAGCACAAUGCAGGAGGUGGAUAUUUUGGCCUAAACCUGACAUGUCCUAGUAUCAGAAAUCCUGUUAGCAAGAAAUCCUGGACUCGCAAAUUCAAAAACUGGGCGUGCAAACUGCGCCACUCCGCCAGCUUGUUCAAGAAGCCCAGAGUCCAGCAAGGUAGCGUCCUCUCAGGGAGCGAGAGAGAGAGAGAAUGGGAUGUUGGGACAUGGUCGCUCCUACAGGUGAUUUUUAACACUGUGCCUCUGUGUUCAUGUCCCACGUCUAUCUGUGUGCAUCUGUAUGUCUCAUGUCGGGUACAUUUUUCUGUGUUUGUUGCGUUCGUUCCUCGUCAUUCUCUUCAUACCCGUGUCUCUGUGGUUUUGCCCCUGUCGGUCCUUGUCUCCCAUUUUUUGUUUUUCAUCCCUGUCUCUUUAUCAGAAGGACGUUCCAGCAGUCAGGCACUUAGAGAGGAGAAGGAGGCGCCACCCCUAAAUCCACCUCAUGCAAGCAAAGGACGAUUUCAGGUGACACCCGUUCCCCAGUCCUCUCCCCCGAAGGCUGCGCCGUCAGCUCAUGGGAGCACGCACAAGAAAGUGGGACGCUUCUCUGUCAGCCAGGCCGAGACCAGGAAGGCGGAAAGGAACACUGACAGCUCCCCGGUGUCUCCCGACCUGGAGAGGGAGAGGAGGAAAUUUCGAGCCAAGGAGGGAGAGAGAGAUGAGCAUAAGAGGACCCCAGCAAUGGCUCACCUGCCUCGAGGUCAUGGGCACAGCCACUCCCCCCUGGCCAGCAGCGAUGACGAUGAUGAUGAUAAUGAGUGUGAGAUGGUGGAUGAAGACCUGAGAAAAGAACUACACACGCUCAGAGAGAAGCACAUCAAAGAGGUGGUGUGCCUUCAGUCCCAGCAGAACAGAGAGCUGCAGGAGCUGUACCAACAGCUUCGUUCCCUCAAAGACCAAAGGCAGAGUCUGCCUGCCUCCCUGUCCCGCAUCCCUUCUCUUCCCUCGGGACCCCCUGUCCUCUCUCCUCGUAGGCCCAGGCCAGCCAAAAUCAAGCUCCGACCGCGGCCUCACUCUCACAUGGAUAACAACGGAGUCACACACUCUGGGAUUCAGCAGUCAAGUAGUUUCUCAGGUGGUGAACAGACUAGGCUGCCCCUUUACUGCAAUACAGAGCACUGCACUUCACUGCCUGCCAAACGAGAUCACAGCCCUCUUAGAAAAAGCACAUUCACAGAUGAACUGCACAAACUUGUUGAUGAUUGGACGAAGGAGACGGUGGGCUCCGCCCAGCCCAAACCUUCACUUAAUCAAAUCAAACAGAUUCAGCAGGUGCAGGAGUUGGGAGGCUGGAGCAACCCGACAGAGGGGGCUCCCCCUGGUUGGUUUCCAGUGACACAGCUGAAUCCCCAGGCAUCCCCGACCCCUGCCGGCCUGCCCGGGGCAACCCCUCCUCACUACACCGCUGGAGGAAGCCUCUCCACCUUGCACUCUCUGGGACCAUCACCACAAUCGCACAUGGCCACAGUGUUACCGAUGCAACAAAGUUUACACCUCCAUCAGUCCCUCCCCCUACAGCAAGCGACCUAUCAGCAGUCUACACUCUGCCAGCAGCCCGGGAUGCAAACUCCCACACAGUCCCAGUCUCUACCACAGACACAGCCCAUCACCCAGCUGCCCCAAUCUACACCUCAAAGCCAACCGCUGCUGCCUUCCCAAAUGCCCACAUCUCCAGUGUCCACGGCUGCACCCCCACUGCCUGGCAGUGGCUCCGCUGCACCAGCAGAUAGCACUACUGCUACUGGGGAGAAAUUAUGCUCCUAUUCCUCACCCUCCUCAACCUCUUCCUCCUCUUGCUCUACUGCUGCUCUACCUUCCAGUGCCAAAAUGCACCCAACACCCCCAACCUCUACUCUUCCUCUGGGACAGAAAUGAAACCAGUGUGAGGUCAAUAUGAAGGUGCAAGAGAUGGAAACGUGACGUGGAUCAGGAUGUAAAGCAGAUCUAUUUGAAUUGUUAGUUGUGGCUGUGUAUGAGAGAAUAGUGACUGCAAUGAUUAUAUGGAUUCCAGUGUACUUCCGGAUGAGAUGGGGCGUGAAUGUGAGACGUGAUAGAUUAUAGCAUGUACAGACAGAGGGCAACAUGGAACACAACAGCUGUGUUUAUGAAUCAUGGUAUGUUUGGGUGUUGAGAUGUAUACAUUCUUAAAUGUAUGAGUGUGUGCGUUUUAUGAGUGUGGUUGAGUGUUUAUGGAUUAUCCAAGUACAUAUCCCUUAUGUCCUUUUACACAAAUUAACAUUCAUGUUUGUUUUAAAACCAACUCAGUUGAACUCUUCCUAAGCAGAGGUAGAACAUAUUUGACACUGUGUUUUAAUUUGUCUUUGCUUACAGUGAAAGGACUAUCAAUCUUAAAAGUGCAAUUAGUAAUGGUCAUCUAAAUUGAUCAGCAUGUAUUGUAUGCAUUUUUCUGUAAGGCAUAACAUAUUUUUGUAGAAGCACAUGAUGAAAACCGGAUGCAGAUAGGAUCUUCUCAUGAUUAUUACAUAAAACUGCGGACCUACAGCACAAGGUGAUUCAAUUGGGCAACAAAAUAAAACGAAUAGCAUGUUAUACCGUAAAGCAUGGUAAAGUUAUCUGGCUACCAUCGUUACCAUAGUGCUACCAAUAUACUGUUGCAGUGUUGUUCAAAGGUACAGCAUGUGCUUCAUUUGUAUUAUUUAAUGUUCAGCAGUUGUACCAUAGAAACACUCUAACUUACUAUGAGUGAUGUGAUACAUUUGUAAUGAAGUAUGCCAUGUAUGUUCAGUGGAGACCUGGGUACACUCAGCCCAAGACUGCAUGACCUUAUGACUAACAUGACUUGCCAGAAUGCAAAGUGCGUGCACUUGCUUUAUAUUCGUGAAGCUACCAUUUGCAGCUUACUGUGAUCAUACAAGCAAGUACAUUUGCUUUCCUAUUUGACAUUUUUGCUUUCGGUUAGAGCUCAUAUCAAAGUAUAUCACGGUGUCAUGCUGAGGAGAAAGAUUAAACUGCCAAGUUAUUAUAGACCGGGGAGACCAUGUGUUAUUCCCACAUUGCCUUUUAAAAUUACUGCAUUUUUUUUUGUGGGUGUGUGAGUGUAUAUUAUUUCUUUGUGACAAAGCUUGGUGAAAGUCCUUUGGUAUAUAUUGCAUUAUGAAUUUCAUCCCUGUUUCUUUUCAUUGAAAGUAGCCCCUCAAAUGUCACUGUACCCAACUAAAAAUGUUUACUAUGCCUAUGCUUUGGGCUUUUAACAAAACAAGUGAAAGGUUAGACCAAAUACCGGUCGCAAGCUUGAUGUCCAACAUCGUUGUCACAUCCUCACUUGCAUAUUUUGUUAUUUUGUUUGGCGUCGGAUAAAUUCCUUGUUUCAGUUGUAAACAAUUGAGGCUUAAAUCAAUUCUGUCAGUGUGAAUGUAUCAUUCAGAAGCUGAACUGUGGGCCAUAAUUGUGCUUUUUUACGCACACUGCAAAAGGUCAAAAAAUGUCCCAUUCCUCUAUUUCUGCACCCUUUAUUUGUAGAUGUAGAGAUACAGAGUAAUAUAUCAGCAGUUAAUAUAUUACUGUACAUUUUAUUGGGUUAUCAGUGCUCCAUACAAGCAUUUGACCUUGAAUGGUCUGGAAAUAAUACACGUUUGGGUAUAAUUAGUAGCCUGUAGUCAAAGCAACAUUUCUGUUUUAAUAAUUAUCGAAAUAUUGCGUGUCAAUGAAAACAGGAGAUCUUACCGGUUGUUAAAGAUUGCUGAAGUGAGUCAAAGAUAAUAAAACAUAAAUGGUUAAGAAGGAGUAGCUUGUGCUAAAUGGUAUGGUUGUUCAGAAACUGCAUACACUAGAAUAUAUUGAUUUUCAAGACAUCCCAAACUGUCACAGAGAUAUAGUUUAUUCUUAGUGAAGGGGAGAUAAUGUGCUGUCAUGUCUGAUACUAACAUGUUGGCUGCAAGCUACAGCUUAAUGAUCAUGAUUCAUGAUGUAGAGCUGACUUUGUCCUUGAAGUGUUACCAAAAUGUUAUCUAAAAGAUAAAGAUUAUUUUUGUAUUUUGAAAUGGGGUUGUACAAAUUGUAAAAUUGUGUUCUCAUCAUUAUAAAUAUAAGGUUAUUUGAAACUAGAAAAAAACACUGGUUUUCAUCUAUGUUUACAUGGGACUCCCCUGCAUCGAUAUACCUCUGAGUUCAAGAUUGUCUUCAGAGAAUCUUUGGUCAUUUUUUUGAUGUAAUUUCAGUUAUAAAACAUGGACCACCAACCUGUUAGAUACAUAACAUACUUGCAUAGAUGUUCCUGCUAAGCUGCAGUUCAUAUUGAAUUAACUUACAAAUAAUUGCAACGAAAAUCUGGGGAGUCCCAAAAUGACAUGACUGGGAACCAAUGAUAAAAGGACAUUUGGGCAGUGAAACCUGAAAAAAUUAAGUAUGUUGCUGGUGAUUUAGCCUCUGUAAAUUGUAACUAAUUCUACUGUUGAUUUUAUUUAUGUUUUGUAACUAAUCAAAAUAAAUGAUGUUAAACAUCAAA